ACUCAGUGGGUGCAGUGCGAGAGGGGUUUUGUUGCAGUGCGUUGCAAUAGGGAGGUCCGAAGUACCCGUCCGAAGCUUCGACCUCGGUCCGUAAAUGCACAUGGCUCCACUUGACAGGGCACGGGUCGAUGAGCAUCACACAUAUGUCGAUGAAGAGCUCCGCGCACACGGCCACAGGGUGCGUGAGACGACCACACACCCCGCAGACAUGUACCACGGGCUCCACAUCGACAUUUGUGUUUCACCGUACGCCCGACAGGAUUCGUCAGCAUCACACACACACACACUUUCCCCCCCGGCAACGCAGUACACACGAUGUGUGUAUGUGUGUGUGCCCACCCCCGUACAGUACAUGGUGUACUUUGUACCCUGUACCCCUACCACACAACAUAACAUAGACAGACUGACUGACUGAUUUACGGGACAGGCACUCCGCCAUCGUCAAGGCCGAGAAAAUGAAUGCCCUCCCACGUACCAAUGCGAGAGGACUGACUGUACACCCACCUUCCCACCCACCACCCAUGUCUGCCUGCCCUGCCUGUGGGAGUGGUGUGUGCCUUUCUUGUGCGUGCGUAUGUACAGCGACUGGAAUUCGAGCCAUCCAUCCAUCCCCCAUCGAUAGUGGGCAUCACAUCAAAACCGCAAACAAAAAGACAGCACCACAGCACAGCACAGCACACAGCAGCUCACAGACACAUCCAGGCAAACACCGGGGCGCGUCACGCCUGUCUGUCGGUCAGUAUGAAAUGAAUCAACCAACGGUCACACAGUGUGUGAGAUAUUCAGUCCUUGGUCGGCGCCCAGAUGGCCAGGUUGCCGUAAGAAAUCGACGCGAGAAUGUCUGAAGGAACCCGCCGGCAGCCAUGCCACCGAGGAACGCACUCCUUUGCUGCAUGGCCCGGUCAUGCAUGCGUCCCACCCAUUGUUUCUCACCGUAGUUGGAGUGGAUGGCUGCGAACGAUGAAAUGGUGAUGGCAUCGUCCUCGAGAGUCUGAGAAGGCAACAAUAUAUCGACACAGACACGAGUGGCGACAUUCAAGCGGAUUCUCUCUUGGUGUCGAUGCAUGUUUCCACUGCUGACCGACCGACCGCUUUGUGUCCGCCAGGGUGUGCGAAUGACGUCACGAAGACCUCCACCUUACGAUCCAGAGAGCCGCUCUGCAACAACAGAGAUAAAGAGAAAUGCAAAUUCCGCUGCCAAGAGUGCGUAUUGCUUACCGUGAAGACGCCCGGAAUCCUCGGGUGCCACUUCGGCUGCAUGUGUCCACACACACACAGACACACACACACACAGAGAUGCGGCCGCCCGUCUUCUCCUUGUGUUGACACAUCUGGGUUGCAGCUUAGCUUACGUCGAAGUCAGUGAUCCACAGGCCGGUGUUGUUGUUGUGAGCUAUGCUGCAGAUAGCAAAAUGGCAACGCACGUACACACAUACACACACGCAGAAAGGCCUCUACCUCCUUGCUCUCCCCUCUCACCAUGCACAGCCCGGGAUUUUGGCCUUCUUGUCGAAGAAGUGGAAUGAGUUGCCAUGCGUCCGCAGAUACGCAGACGGCUUCUCCUUCCCCUCCACUGCACACACACAACGCAAUAAACACGCCAAGACAAAGGGGCGAUCCACACCUAGGCCUAGCCGCCGCCCAUCUCUCUCUUUCUCUCCGGCCGCGUGCGUACGUACCUCUCCAGUUGUGGGGCAUCUGGGGUACGCCGUGUAUGUUGUGGAUGACCCCAUACAGGCUGUCCAGGGUGCUGAUGAGCAGCGAACGGCCGUCGGGCGAAAAGGACGACGUCUGCACACACACCACACAACACAACACAACACAACACGACACGGACAAGCAUGGACACAUGCUAGGUGCGGUGCAUUCAUUCAUUCAUUCAUUCAUUCGUCCGCUGCGCUGCGUUGUGUGGUCACCCACCUUGACGGCUCGCACAGGACCGAGGCUCCACACGGGGUCUCUAACCCUCCUGAGAUCCCAUAUGUGCACCAGACCAUCGUUGCCACCUAAACACACACACACACACACGCCGCUGUCUUCACGGAUGCGCCCACAUGUGUCUGUGUCUGGUGUGUGGUGUGGUGUAUGUCACCUGAGGCGAGUAUGUGUGCGUCCCUUGGGUUGAAGGAGAGGCUGCCGACCUUCUUGACGUGCAGCCGGUGGCGCGUUUUGCUCUUGCUACGCAGAUCGGCCACAUACACCUCGCCGCGGUCAUUGCCAAAGGCUAGAGUGGUGGGAGAGGCCACUGCACACAAACAACAGAGGAGGAAGCAGCCAAGGGGUCUUGUCUCGGUCACACACACCGUUGUUGCUAUUCUUUCUUCUUGUGUGUACCGACCGUCAAGAGCCGUGACCUUAGGCAGUUCUGCCCCAUGGCUCUGCAGGAUGGUCUUGUUGCUGCCCACACGACGCCCAGGACCGAAACCAUUGCUGCACAACAACUGCACAUACACACACACACACACACUGUGCUGUCUGUCUGUCUGUUGACUAACGGAACUGACCGCCAGGUCGGUGACACAGACGGUGCCGUCGUACGAUGCCGUCGCCACCUUGGUGCUCGUGCCGUCCGAACACUCAGGCACCUCACACUGAAGGCAGCACACACAAAACACACACAUACACGCAGUCAGGGUGGGGUGGCGAGGAUGAUUGAGGGGUUCGUUGCUGACUGCCUGACCACUUUUGCUAUGUGGGCUUCGUGAAGGUUCUCCUCGAUGUAGUUGUCCCUGCGCAGCAGAUGGUACACCGACAGGGCGCCACCCUUGUUGCCUGCACGCACCAUAAAUGGAUGGAUGGAUGGAGGACAGGAGACGGCUGUCUGUCUGUGUGUGCUGUUUUGGGUACCGGCCAGCAGGAGGGGCUCCCUGCUGCACAUGCCGAACGAGAAGACCUUAUCACCGUCCGGAGAAAUCCGCUCUGAACACACCAACAGACAUGUCUUGCCUCUCCCCCGCCGCUGUGCAUGGACGGACGUACCUGGUGCAUCGGUCAGCUGCAUCCGCUUGAUCGUCUCCUCAAACCGCCUCAGCUCUACGUCACGCCGCAGGCUCUCGAUAUCGACCAUGUCCCUCUCCCGGGCCCGCACACGGUGGUACAGCGACACCACACCCCCUCCACCAUGUGCCUGUCCGCCCUCCCUACCCUUCCUCUGCUGGUGGUGGUGGUGCGGGUGCGCCCGCGCUGUGCCAAUCCCGCCGGCCGCCACGGCACUGCCCCUUUCCUCCCGCUUCUUGACCUCCUCCACAUCGUGCUGCUUCUUGCGCUCCUCCUCUUUGUGGUCCUCCACCUCCUUCAGACGGUCGCUGCGGCGCAGGUUGAUCCGGAUGGAACUCGGAGGAGCCCUCGCCGCAUCACUGGACUGCUUGCCACUGAUGGAUGGCGCUGCAGCAGCUGAUGCAUCGGCUGAUGCAGCAGCAGGGGCAUCCGAUGAGAGGGAGCGCUUCUGACCACGGCGAGAGGGGGGCUGGGCGGCAGGGGGGGCCGCGGGAGCUCCUGUGGCGGUGUCACCGAGGCGGGGUGACCGCCGUGAGCCGGCGACAGCCUUGGGAGCUGCCGAACGCGCCCGCUUCUUGUCAGGUUCGUCGGCAGCCGACGCAGCCUGCUCCUGUCCGGUGCCCCUCUUCGACGGCAUUAUUCCAAGGACUGAUGCGAUGAUAGCAUGCCGCUACAAGCUGUUGUCACAAG